UAUGGAGUACCAACAAUUGCUAAUAUUUUUCUGCUUCUAUUCACUUAUUAUUCUUUCUGUCCAGCAAUCGCAGCUUACUGGCUUCUCAUAUGCUGGGCAACAUGUAUGUGCCCGCGAUGAAGCUUUUUAUUUGCUUCAAUUUAAGAAAGGCCUCACAAUUGAUUCCACAGGAUAUAUUUAUCCAAUGGAAUGUUACGAGGCCCGAGCCAAGACUUUAUCCUGGAAUGUUACAGGAGAUUGUUGCAAAUGGGAUGGUGUUACUUGCAAUGGAUUUACGGGUCACGUGAUAGGCCUCGAUCUUUCUUGCAGCUUUCUUCACGGAACUAUUAAUGCUAACAGCAGCCUCUCAAAACUUCAUCAUCUCCAAAGACUCAACCUUGCCUACAACGACUUGGUUAGCUUUCCACUUGGAAAUGGUAUAAGUGAACUCACGAGUUUGACACAUCUCGAUCUUUCAUAUGCUGCAACUAUUCAAACGGAGGAGAUCCCACCAGGAUUAUUCAAGUUGCCUAAGAAUUUUUCUUCGUCUCUUACCUAUUUGGAUCUGCAAGGCACCAGCUUGUUUGGUGACAUAAGCGAUUCUAAUCUCUUUCAUCUACCAAACUUGCAAGUGCUGAGAUUGGGAGGGAAUUCUUUACUAACAGGCACUUUGCCAAAUUUUAAUUGGAGUUUCAGUGGAAAUAUUUUAGAGUUGGACUUUUCUUCCACUGGUAUUCUUGGUAAGGUACCUGAUUCAAUUGGUAACCUCCAUUCUCUUUGGUUUCUUAACCUCGAUUAUUGCCAUCUCUUUGGCUCAAUUCCAGAAUCCAUUGGCAACCUCGCUGCAAUUAGAGAGUUGAGACUUUCACAUAACAACUUCACUGGUAAUAUUCCCUCAACUAUCUCAAAAUUAAAGAAGCUCAAUUAUUUAGAUCUCUCUUCCAACCAUUUUCGAGGCUCAAUUCCAGAAUCCAUUGGUAAUUUCACUAGAAUUAUAAGUUUGGAUCUUUCACAUAACAGCUUCAGCGGAAAUGUUCCCUCAACUGUGGGAAAGCUGAACAAACUUAGCUUCUUAAGCCUCUCUUCCAAUAAUUUUGAAGGCUCGAUUCCAGACAUCUUUGCCAACCUUUCAGAGCUACGCUCUUUAACUUUUGACACUAAUAAUUUUACUGGCUCGUUCCCCUAUUCAAUUGCUACCUUGACUCGCCUUGAAGUAUUAGACUUGCACAACAAUUUGCUAACUGGUGCACUUCCCUCUAAUCUAAGCGGGCUUCAAGAGCUAGAAAUGCUUGAUUUGUCCUUCAAUUACUUCACUGGCAUGGCACCCUCUUGGUUAUUCGAUCCUCCAUUGCUGAUUUUACAUGUUCAAGCUAAUCAAUUAACCAAAUUGCCAAAUGAGAUCCAGAGCAAUCGCUUAGGUCACCGUCACACUGAUAUUAAUCUUUCGAACAACAAGUUGCACGGUGAAAUCCCUGGUUGGAUGUUAUCCAUGAACUUGAUACUGCUGGAUCUGUCUCAUAACUUUCUCACAGGCUUUGAAAAACAAGUAUGGCGCUCAAUGGAUUUGUCCGUCCUUAAUUUGGAGAACAAUUCUCUUCAAGGGUCUUUGCUUCCGUCCAUUUGUGACAUGAUUAAACUUAAAUACCUCAUUUUGGCUCAUAACAAUUUCAGUGGUUCAAUCCCAGGAUGUUUGGGUAACUCCAGUAGCCCCCUUUCUACUUUAGACUUGCGAAUGAACAAUUUUCAUGGAGAGAUACCAAGAUUCUUACCAACAGGGUUACGAUACCUUGGUUUAUAUGGCAAUCAAUUGGGGGGACAAGUUCCCCGAUCCUUAGUUAACUGUACAAUCUUGCAAGCUCUUGAUUUGGGGAAUAACAAGAUAAAUGACACGUUCCCCAUCUGGCUGGAGAAACUUCCAAACCUACAAGCUAUGAUUCUAAAAUCAAAUCUCUUUCACGGUCCAAUUGGUGAUUUGGAGUCCGAGUUUCCAUUUCCUGAGUUACGAAUCUUUGACCUUUCCUUCAAUGGGUUCACUGGAACUUUGCCAUCUAAUUUUUUCAAAAAAUUUAGAGGUAUGAUGGAUGUGGAUGAAGAAAAAACAGGUAAUGGCAAUCACACAAAUUACCUUUACCAUGUUAGCUUGGUGAUAAAAGGUAAUGUGUAUGAUAUGAGAAUCACAUCAAUAAUGACAAGUAUUGAUUUAUCAAGCAAUAGGUUUGAAGGAGAUAUUCCAAAUUCCCUUGGAAGUCUGAACUCACUUGUGUUACUCAACCUAUCUCACAACAACUUCUGGGGUUAUAUUCCUGCAGAAAUUGCAAAGUUGCAUGAGCUUGAAGCAUUAGACCUCUCAUGGAACAGACUCAUUGGAGAAAUCCCUGGUCAAUUGUCGAGUCUGACAUUUCUUGAGGUCUUAAACCUUUCAUACAAUCAUCUUGUUGGGCGCAUUCCGCUUGGGAAACAGUUCAAUUCAUUUCCAAUUGAUUCGUAUAGUGGAAAUCCUUAUUUAUGUGGAUUCCCACUAUCAAAGGAAUGUGGAACAAAUAAUGAGUCAGAUGAGUCACCACUUGAACAAGAUGACGAUGAUUCAAGUUUUGCUAGCGGGUUCACAUGGCAAGCUGUCGUAAUAGGGUAUGGUUGUGGUAUGCCUUUUGGAUUGUUCAUGGGAAGCCUCAUGUUCAUACUUGGAAAACCAAAAUGGUUUGUGAACUUCGCUGAAGAUAUUGCUCAACAAAUUGCUGCUAGGAAGCGAAGAAGGCAAAGGAAGAGACAUCAAAGACGUUGAGACACAGUUUAAGAAUGAAGUAACAACAUACCAGAUGUUGUUGAGGUUGCUGGAGAGUUGAACAGGUUUACAUACUAGUUGCAUUAUUUACAAGUUAGUAUUAAUAAUGAGGAUUAGACCCUGACUAGCUUGGGAUUGAAGCGUAAUUGUUAUUGUAUUAAUAAGUUGGUGUUGAUGUUCUGGCAAAUGGCAAUGUAUGCAUCUGUUUCUUCACUUUAUAUGCCCGUGGUGAUUUCUAUAGUUUUAUGAAAAUAAAGAA